AUGUUAAAGUUGAAGAUUAUAAAAAUAGUUUUGUCAUUAUCGAUGAGAGAAAAAUCAAUGAUAUCAUAUUCGUAUGUUAGUACAAUUAUUAAUGCGUUAAAACAUGAAUCAGCUGGAAAGAAAGUUGGAAUAGACUGUAAAUUUCGUGCCUGGUGUCGUCAAUAUUUUAAAAUUGAUAGUAGUUCUGGGGUCGAAAUGUUAUGUUCAGCUAAAGAUGAAAAUAUUGAAAAAUAG